AUGGUAAAAUUUAAAUUAAAAAUUAUAAAAUUAAUAUUACAUACAGAAUUAACUAAUUUUUUAUCAUCUUUAAGUUCUAUUUUAGGACCUAUAGGUAUUAAUAUAAAUUUAUUUUUUCAAGAAUAUAAUAAACGUAUUAAAUUAAAAAAUAAUAUAGAUUUACCUUUACAUAUUAUUGUAUAUAACGAUAAAUCUUAUGUAUUAAAUUUUAAUCUUAUUUAUACAUCAUUUUUCUUUAUAACUAAAUUACAAAAAGUUUUUAAAAAAAAACAAAAUAAACAGUAUUUAAUAAAAAAAUUUUCAUUUUUAAAACAGAUUAAAUUAUUUCCUAAAUCGAAUAUUAGUAUUUGCAAAACAAUUAAAGCUACAUUAAAUUCUUUUUAUAAUAUAAAUUAA